AUGUCCGACUUGUCAGACGAGGAAGACAUUGAUUGGGCGGCUGCCGAGGCCGAGGUAGCGGCGCUCAUCUCAACGCGCAACAGCCGGACUGAGGCCGAGGCUGAGGACGCAUUCUGGCAGGAUCUGCUGGGCGAUGCGCUCAUUGACACGGCCAGUCUAGAUGCGGGUGAUGGCUUGGGCACUGGCGAAGAGGAGGAUGAUAAUUUGGAUGACCUGUUUCGCUCGGCUGAGGCUGAGCUCAAGGCCAUGAGCCCGCGCCAACGACGUGCCAGCCUCCAGGCACAGACGGCUCUACGAUCAGAUGGACACGAUUUGGAUGAUUUUUGGAUUGCCAUUGGACAAGAGCUCUUGAAUGAAGAGGCAGAGUCCGGCGAUGAGCCUAUAUCCUCACCCAAAGCCAAGGCCCCGGCGCCCGAAGCUCCACAGGAGGGAUCAGCGGCAGUGGGUCUGAACAGCAAGGAGGAGCAAGGGGUUCAGCAGGACCAGGAAAGCUUAUUCCCAGCAGUCGAAGGCUCGCAUCACCAGUCAGGCCCAACUGGCGAGCGCGGGGCAGCCGGCGAUGCCGACUUAGAGCAAGGCGAGCUUGAUGUAGCAGCGACCGGCAUCGCCGCAGAUGAGGGUUCGCCCACCGUCGGCGUUGCACGUACCGAGGUCUCAAGCCCAGAGCUUGAGGCCGCCAUGCAACACAUUAUGGCCGAGGCGGAGGCCGCUUUCGAUGAUAUUGCGGUCCAUCGCACCCCGAGUACAGCCCACAUGGAUCACGCACCCACUCAAGUCUCGCCAUCCACCAUAUCAGAGCCCGAGGCAAAGCACGCGGCUGCCAAAGCGACAGCCCAGCCGCUUGGCCUUGAGGACUUUGAUUUGGACUUUGAUGUCAUUGCUCCACCAAGUGCAGUGGAGCCUCUUGAGGCCAGCCCGCCACCCACCUCGACCAUCCGCCCCGCUGCUGUGCAGCAGAUUGCAGGUGAACUGCACCAGUCGCGCCGUCAGCUGGAUCAGCUCCGAGAGCACGUGCGCUCCAGUCAAGAUGUCAUGUCUGGCACCCUCUCUCAACUCAGUCGUGCCCUUGUAUCUCAGCUGAACGGAGCACUCAAGCAGCAACGGCAAUCGCUUGAAGGUGACCUGCAGACGGAACAUGGUCACCAAAUGACACGCCUGCAACAACAGCACGCCCGUGAGCUGGCUGCCCUCGAAGCUCGCCUGGCCGAAGCCACUCAGGACCGCCAAAAUAAAGCUGCCGAAGUGACAGAAUUGGCGCAGGAGCGCGAUCAGCUUCAGUCGCGCUUGGCCCAAGCGCAAGCUGAGCUCACACUGCAUGAGUCUGACCUCCAGAACGAACGACAAGAGGCCAAAGCCUCUUUGCGUGAGGAACGCCAGUCGCUACAGGCUUCUGUGCAUACCUGGCAACGGGCCGCUGCAGCCGCCGAGGCGGAGCGCAACGGUCUACAGACAGAGCUCAAUGAUAUCAAAGUCAAGGCGCGCACCAAAAUCGAGCAGCUUCGUGCCACUGUGGCCAAGCUCAAGCCCCUGGCAGCUCGGGCGGUGGCAGCUGAAGAAAUGGCCGCUGCCAGUCAGCAACGAGCUGCUACCGCCGAAGCUAAGGCUACUGCUGCGAAAGCUGCACAAACUUUGGCUGUAGAGGCGCAACAGCUGGCUAGCGAGCGAUUGGCUGACGCUCAGCGCGAUCUGGCCGCCCUGGACCAGCGUACACGCGACUUGAUUGAACAUGAGACUGAAUGCGAAACACGGGCUGCCAAGGCCGAACGCAAGCUUAAUGAAGCUGUGACGGUCAACGAUGAUCUUCUGCGCCAGCUGACAACCACGCAACAGGCUCUGCGUCACGUUGAGCAUAAGAGUGGCCAGACCGAAGAAGAGAUGCGCGAGGCCAUCAACAAUCUUGAGCGCCAGCUGCAGAAGGAGCGUGUUGCUGCCAAGCAGCAACGUUUGGCGCUUGAGGAGGAGCUCGAGGCGGCCAAGGACAAAACUGCUGCUGUUGAGCGCCGCUCUUGGGCUAAAGUCGAUGCGGCGGAGCAACGUGCGCUUGAGCUGACGGCCAGUAUGCAGGCCACGCGCGAGGUUGAGCGUCAGAUCAAACAACAGCUCGACGAAAGCCGAGCUGCUGCUGCCACCAUUGCGCACCAAUUGGACGAAGCCCGCCAGGCAUUGGCAACCCAAACAGCAGAGUCCACAAACGCUGCUGCGAUCGCGGCUCGACAAAUUGCCGACUUGACUGAAGAAAAGCAGGCUCUUGAAGCUGAUCUUGAGCACUUCAAGGACAACCUCGAGACGGCUACGGCCGAUCUAGAAAUCGCCCAGCGCGAGCUGAGACAAUUGACGGCGGCCGACGAUGAGGAGGAGCGCUCUGAGCUCGUGCGAUUGCGAGUAGCCACGCGCAUGCAUGCCCACGAGCUGGAGCAUGCGCGUGCGCGAGAGGCCAACCUCAAGGCUCGCUUAGACGGUGUCAUGCUGCAGUUGGACAAAGCCUUGCGACGUGCCAGCUCCCUCGAAGCGGAAUCCCGCUCGGCCGUGGAGGCUGACUCGCGCGCCACAGUAGCCGAAAACCUGCGCAAGCUGUACGAAGAAGAAAAUCAGGCUCUGCGUCAACAGUUGGGUGAUGCUGUUCGUCGGCGGGCCAAGUCCGAGGCAACGCUGGCGACACUGGAGGUGGAAAAUCAACAUUUGCAGCGUGAGGUCAAUUCUCUGAAGCAAAAUUUGGAGAUGGCGCGCGAUGCUGCCCAAACCUCGAGCUGGAUGGAUCUGGCAGGUGCCAGCCAAGGGUCUUCCUCCACGGGUCUUUACUGGCCAGCCAGCGGCAGCAGCGCCACCAACCGCCCAUUCAAGUUAGGCUUCCUCACUUCGCCUGAGGCCGAAUACGGUGCCAGCAUGGGGUUGGGACACAUGGGGCAAGAGGAUGCCCUGCACGGGUUUGCCUCGAAUUCACAGCUAUUGCAAGACUUGCGUCUCAUGGAACAACGAGCGAAGGACGCGGAGCGACGACAGGAGCAGCUGCUGCAGCAAGUGCGGCGGAUGGAGGGGCAAGCACAGAGCCCGCAUGCCGGUGCCGAGCGGUCUGGUGUCAUCAGUGCUGCCGUGCACGCCCAGCUUCUCGACUUGGCUGAGCAGCGAGCUGCUGAUGGACAACGCCGGGUCCAAGAGCUUGAGACGGAGAAUGCCUCGUUGCGCGCUCAGGUGCGCUCAUUGGAGGCCCUACGGCUGUUGCAGCGCCCCGAGCCUGGCGUCGAACAGGUGCACGAUCUCUUAGCGGAAUGUGCCAUCGUAGUCCAAAAGAUUCGGGCUGUGCACGGAUCCGCUCCCAGCAAACCAGCGAAACCUGAGCCCGAAAAUUCUUCUCGCGUGACUGAUGUGUCUGAUACGAUUGUUGAUGAACUCCGCCGAGCAGCAACGACCAACGCCAGCUCUGUCCCAGCAACGGCUUCAACUUCAGCGGUGGAUCGCAGCUCGCCACCCACAGUCAGCCCAAGACCAAACCGAGCUAGCCCACGCCCUCUGACAAAGCCCAAAGGACGACCAAAGAGGAAUGCGCCUUCGCCACUAGCUUCUCCCAGCUAUCACCACGACACCCAGCCGGAGGACGCGCCUUCAUUGGCAGCUUUUGAAAAGUUGCACGCCUCAGAUGUGCCUGCUGCAGGCACGGAUCACCUCACUCCCCCGUCAUCAGCGGUGCACCCGAGCUCGCCGCGUAGCAGCCAACUUAAGGAUAUGUUCGAGGCUGCAGUUGCACGCUCCAGCGAGCCCAGUCCUGUCAAAGACACGCCAGAAAAGCCGCGGCCCAAGCCUAAGCGCCUGAGCUCAACUCGUCUCCAUGCAAUCGCGGGGGCUUUACCUGGCUUGCAGGCCAACAAUCCAGCUUCCUUGCUGGCCAAUCUGAAGAGUGCCAAGGCGCGACGCGAGGCCGAGGACUCGGAUGCCAGUGGAAGCGACGCGUCAUGGAGCGACUCAGAGCCCGACGAUGGCACACCUUCUGUGGAACCCAUCACGGAUGGGGAUGGUGUUGCGUCAGCAGCCGAUGCAAAUGACGAUCAUGAUGACAUGACAGGCGGGCCACUGAUUCGGGCGCCAUCAAUAACGGCGCAGUUUUCCAGGCCUCGUGGCAACUCCAUGCGGCGCCUGCCCACCCGACAGCCGAGCCAAAAGCGCGCAUAA